AUGGAAGAGAUUAACAUAGAGAAUAUUGAAAAAAUCAUUUCAGCUAAAAUCAAAGAUAUUCUAAAAAAAUAUUAUUCUGUUAACGAGUCUUGGGAAAGUCUUGUCGAUGAGUUAGACAAAGAAAAGGCUAUAAAUAAAAAACUAAAGAUUUCUAUCCUCAACAAUACAAAAACAAUUGAAGAGAAAGAUAGUCAAAUCAAAAAAUUAAAGGAUGCUAUUGAAACAGAAACCUUAAAGAAAGAAAAAGAACAAAAUAAAGUUAAUAGAAAACCAAGAGAAACAACAGUUCAAGAACUAGUAUUGUCCCAAAAAGCACAAAAACAGAAUAUAGAAAGUAAAGUUAAUAUAGUGCCUUCUUCUGAUAUUACAGAUUUUCUCAAUAACACUUUUUACAGUAGACUCAUCUUCAAUUUAUAUUAUGAAGAUAGACAGAUUGAUGUUGGGGGUAUAAUUUGGGCAACUUUAUCAAAUUCACUCAUCUUAUUUGAAACAGAAGAACUAAAGUAUUUUGGAAUCUUUAUGAGCCAAUCAUUUUUAUUUAUUAAAGAAUCUAGUAUAGAAAUAGUUCAACCAAAAACAUUUAACUAUUCUAACAUCUAUUUAAACCAAGAACAACCAUUCUUAUCUAUUGAAAAUUAUUUCUAUUUAUUUAAAGAACAAAUAAUUAUCAAUGACAUUGAAAACUAUGUUAAUCCCUCAUUUAAACAACUAAUACGUUCUUGGAUGACUAACCAAAUAGGUACACAACAAACUACCAUUAAAAUUAGAAGAGUUUUUGCUUGGAAUAUUAUUCAAUUAAUUCAGUAA